AUGACAAUUUUUAAUAUUUAGUAAAUUACGGAGUGAAGCAUUUGAAUGAAUUCCGAUAAAUUCAUAAAAAAUGAAGUUAACAUAUUUUGCGGUAUUAAUAAUUUUUGCUUAUUUAAACGUAACUGCUGGAUUUUUCGGACCUCUUGAAACUUUGAGGAACAAAACGAAAGAAAUUUCGAAUUUAACUGUCGAAACAGGCAAAGCCCUUGCUCAAAAUGUACCGAAUUAUGUGCCAACCUUUGAUGAAUUGUUCGAUUUUACGAAACAAUCGAUCGCGGGAUUGCCUUUUGAAGCAGCUGUCAGUGUCAUAAACAGGAUUUGUUCAAUCGCGAUUGCUGCCAAUGCGACAAAACCAUUUCGAACCCCAAAUGCGUCAGAAAUUAAUUACGUUUUAUUAACUGGCGACGAGAAUGUGACAAUUCCCUUGACAAAUUCCGUUGAAUUGUGGCGUCAUCCAUCGUUCGAUCCGAAGAAAAAAGUCGUCGUCUUAAUUACCGGAUGGAAAACUGACAUAAAUGAGACAAACACUGCUGUCGAUUUGCUUUCGGAGGCGUAUUUGGCACGUGGCGAUACGAAUUUCGUGUUUAUUGACUCUGCGAGAUACGUUGACACUUUGUAUGCUUGGUCGGCAUUUAAUACGCAGGAACUGGGCGAUGCCAUUGGCGAAGGUCUCGUGAGUCUAUCGAAAUUGGUGCCAACUGAAAAUAUUCAUGUGAUUGGACACAGUCUUGGAGCUCAUAUCAGUGGCGCAGCAGGUCAAUCCUUCCAAAAUAAGGCGGGAAAAUUACUUCCUCGAAUAACGGGUCUCGAUCCUGCAAAUCCGUGUUUCAAAGAAGGCGAAACUUUGCAAGGCUUGAUGCGAGGCGAUGCGGAAUUUGUCGAUAUUAUUCACACAAAUUCUGGAGUUUUGGGAAAACGAGAUCCCAUUGGUGACAGUGAUUUUUAUCCAAAUGGGGUUGUUCCUCUCCAACCAGGCUGUUUAGGGAUAUCAUGCUCUCAUGCACGUGCCUAUGAGUUAUUUGCAGAAACUGUUUAUCCAGGAAGUGAAAAAUCGCUUCAGGCGAAAAAAUGUAACUCGAUAGCGGCACUUGAUAAUGGAAAGUGUAAAGGCAAGGCAGUUCCCGUUGGAUUUGCAUGUCCUCCAAAUACGAAAGGGAAUUAUUUCUUUAAAACGAAAGCUGAAAAGCCAUAUCAGUUGUAA